AUGUCUACCAUCCACCAUCAAGCCUCCACGGACGACUUCAACGUGGUCUUCAUCGGCGCCGGCAAUAUCAUGUUCGGCUCUGCGGAGGGUCCCUGGAACCACUCCUUCCGAUUCGAACACAAGCUCGGCCCUCGCCUGAAGGUGAUCGCGCUCAUCGAUCCCGCCAUCGAGCGCGCACACGCCGUCCUCAAGAAGAAAUGCGAGUCUUUCGUCGUGUCUGCCUACCAGGACACCCGAGUCUACAAGUCGCUCGAUGAGUUCGUCGCCGCCACGGCCAACUCGCGCUCGCCUCGCGACCGCCCGAGCGCGUUCCUGAUCGGCUCGCCGCCCAUGUUCCGCGGUACCACCAAACCCGGACGCGACAUCGAGGCCCAAAUUUUGAAACACUUCCCCGGCGUACCUAUGUUCGUGGAGAAGCCCAUCGCCACGGGACCCAAAGAAGAGCUCGAGGAAUCGUUCAAGGUGGCCAAGAUGAUCGCGGAUAGCGGCGCUAUUGUCUCUGUCGGGUACAUGUUGCGCUAUCUCAAGGCCACUCAGGCCAUGAAGCGCAUCAUCGAGGACAACAAGCUCACGGUCAUGGCAACGAUCGCGCGCUACGCGUGCGCGUACGAGGCAAUCGCCAAGCCGGACUGGUGGGACAAGUCCAAGUCGGCCGGGCCGAUCAUCGAGCAAGGGACGCACUUCUGCGACCUUUCGCGUUACUUUGGCGGAGAGGUCGACAUCGAGAGCGUUACCGCGCACUCGCUCGAGUUCUACGAGCGCGCCGGCACGCUGUCGAAGAUGAGCGUGGACGAGAGCAAGAUUCCGGAGGACAACCGCAUCCCGCGCGUCACGGCGGCGACGUGGAAGUACGAGUCGGGCGCUGUCGGAAGCUUCACGCACGUCGUUGGCCUCCAGGGAACGAACUAUAGUUGCGAGCUGGAGGUCUUCUGCGAUGGCUACCAGCUGAAGCUUGUGGACCCUUACGUCAACCCCGUCCUGCACAUUCGUAGGCCGGGUAGUGACCUCGAAGAGACUCACACAUUCCCGGAUGACGAUCCCUUCUUCUCUGAGGUCUCCAACUGGAUUGACGUGAUUGAGGAUAUUGAGGAGGACCCCGAGAUCGGUCACAUCUUGAGCACGUACGAAGACGCCUGCAAGUCCUACGAGCUCACCUGGGCUAUUCGGGAAGCUAGCGAGCGCAGUCGCAAGCCUAGAGAGGUGGCUGCUUGA